UUGUUAUCUGUAUUUGAUACAACAGUCUGUUCAACAAAAGCAGCGACGGUGUGCUUUCGUUUCGCUGACAGCGUAACCCGAUUAGAGAUAAACCUGUGGUUAGAGGAUGGCUGUGACACUAGGCAACAGUGAAGUUGACUGUGGCCAACCGCCUGCACAAAGCCACAGGUCAGGAGGAAACGCUUUAUUUCAAGAUACAAUCACACUCGUUUCGGCAGAAACUGCAGGUGUAACUAAGCUGACCUUUUAAGGCUCUUAUCUCGGCCUAACUUGGAAGAUCUCAUUUAAUUUAACUGCUAAAACAGUCAAAAAACAAAACAAGGCCUGUUGAUCAAAUGUACAGCGCGCAAUGUUUUCUUUUUGUACAACACCAGCAGCCGUCACAUGAAGGUGGCACGAAAGAAACAGAAACACCAGCUUCCUCUUCUCUUAGUGGACGCCCACCGCUGACUACACAGACCGUGGACAGUUGUUCAUCUGAGAGCCCUCCCACCUCUGACUUCUUGUUUAUGGGUGCGACAACAAGAAGAGCAGAAGGCUUUUUAUAUCCUCCUCGGCCAGAAACCAACACCGAGAAGAUGUCUCUCUGUAUUGUGGGUUCAGUGUUCGGAUCAGCAGAAGGGCAGCAAGAUUGCGGUUCAUGCUACAUGAUAAACAUGGGCUCCGUACUGGGCAUCCUCGCCUCUGAUAUUAUUCUGACCAUCCUCAUCACCAUCUCUGUGUUCUGCAUCGCAACUCACCAUCGGAGGAGGAGGAGGGAAUCUCACGAUGGUAAAAGAAAUCUGCCAUCAACAAUGUCCAAGAAAAUGGCAACAGAGGUCACAGAGUCUCCCUAUCAGGAGUUACAUGGAGUCCAGUCAGAUGUGUACAGUGAGCUUCGGCACUUUAGGAAAUGAAAUUGUCUGUAAUUAAGUUUAUAAAGUCGAGUCAGAUAAUAUCAAAUGCUUUCCCAUUUAUCUGCUGUAUCUGUGUGUAUUUUCCAUCAAACUGAUUGUUUUAUUUACCGUCGCACUCUCGUUUUGUUUGUAAAAUGUAUCUUAAAGUA